GGGCCGGGGCGGCGGGCGCUGUGCCGCGGGGCGGGCGCCGCGGGACGGGACGGCGACGGCGACGUCCCUGCGAUAUCCCCGCGACAUUCCCGCUACAGCCCCUCCGGUAGCGGCGGUAGCAGCAGCAGCAGCCCCGCACCCGGCUGCCACCCGACGGCGCGGCGACCCUGAGAGCCUUGCGGCCAAGCCCCCCCGGUGGUCGUCGGGCAGCGCUGUCCGUGCCAGCCGGGUCCCCCGCGGGCUGCCUGCGCCUCCUGGCGGCCCCUCGGGCGCUUGACUCGGCCGCGCCGCCGAGGAGCCAUGUCCGAGGGACGCGCCGCCGGCGACUGGGAGAUCGACGUGGAGAGCCUGGAGGGGGAGGCGGCCGAGGGCCCCGGCGCGCCGCGGGAGGAGGAGGAAGAGGAGGAGGAAGGCGAGGAGGCGGCGGGGGCAGCGGCCCCGCGGCGGAGCGGCGGUGUUGGUGCCGGGGAGCCGCGGAAGCUGAGCCGCACGCCCAAGUGCGCCCGGUGCCGCAACCACGGCGUGGUGUCGUGCCUCAAGGGCCACAAGCGCUUCUGCCGCUGGCGGGACUGCCAGUGCGCCAACUGCCUCCUGGUGGUGGAGCGGCAGCGGGUGAUGGCCGCCCAGGUGGCUCUCCGCCGCCAGCAGGCCACCGAGGACAAGAAGGGGCUGGCCGGGAAGCCGGCGAGCCUGGAGCGCAAAGCCGUCUACCAGAGGCACGUCCGGACGCCCAGCCUCCUGGCCAAGAGCAUCCUGGAAGGUUACCGUCCUAUUCCAGCAGACCCGUACUUGGGAGGGAGCUCACCCUUGCCACCCCCUGUAAGUGACAGGAUGAGAAAGAGACGGGCUUUUGCUGAUAAAGAGCUGGAGAACAUUAUGCUAGAGAGAGAGUAUAAAGAAAGAGAGAUGAUGGAAGCUACGCAAGCAGCUGCCCUCUUUCUCCCUAACCGCAUGGUGCACGGAGCUGAAUACAACUCAUACAAAACAGCUUUCAACCCUGCUCAAGUUGAUGCUCCAAACAAGGAGUUUUGCAACUUUUUACCAACCUGCCUUGAUCUAACCAUGCAGUAUUCAGGAUCUGGCAACAUGGAACUGAUUUCUUCAAAUGUCAGCGUAGCUGCUACCUACAGGCAGUAUCCACUGUCUUCUAGGUUCUUAGUGUGGCCGAAAUGUGGCCCCAUUAGCGAUGCUCUCCUCUACCAGCAAUGCCUCUUAAAUGCUACUACGGUCCAAGCUCUCAAACCUGGGGCAGGUUGGGAUGCCAAGGUCUCACAGAUCCAGGACUGUCCAAACACUGAGCAGGACAUCAUGCCUCCGAAACUGGAAAAUGCACUCAUACUGACCCACACGCAAGACAUUCAGCAGUCAUGUAGCGAGAUACAGUGCCUUCCUCAGGAAGCUCGGGAGAGGUCAGCUUUCUCUCCUCCAAAAAGGACUUUCUCUCAGAUUUCUGAUAAGGAUUCUCUGGCUCCUCAAGAACAGGUAUUAAGCAAGGUCAGCAAAGACACUACCAAGCCCCCUCUGCCACUCAAAUACAAUCCAUUUCAGUCACUGUUCCCACAGACAUUUCCAGACAAAUCAGGAGCAGAGCUGAGAACAUCAUUUGUGAAAGAGACUUCUGAAGAAGCAUCUAAGAAAUACAGAGAUUGCAGCAUCAAAGAGAACCCAAAGUGCAAGUUCACAAUAGACAAAUGUGCAAAAGACUUCUUUGGGCCAAAACAGGCCACAACAAAACUUUCAACAACUGAGCCACUGUCAUUUUCAGUUGAAUCCAUCCUUAAACGACCUUCUUCUGCAGUUGCUAAUGUCUCUCAAUAAAUAAAUUAUACCUUCCGUGUAGAGAGUUUGUAUGUCUUGUCUUCUGCAAAAUUGCUACUGCCUGCUUUUUCUCUUAAAAGAUCUGUAAAGAGGAAUUUCUGCUGUAAAUGGUAAUUCUUUUUCUUUUUUUUUUUAUUUUCUUAAAAUAAUGUACGUAACUUUGCAUGUUUUCUGAGGAAAAAAAUAUAUUUUUUAAAAUUAAAACUGCAUGUAGACUGUAAAGUGUUCUUUUAAGCAGCACUUCAAACUGUUCAAUAAAAUGAGAUUGCCUAUAAGCACAGGUACUCCUUGCCACACCAAUAAUAUCUCCUGAUCUCAGUUUUGUCUCUAGUCUUUUGCAGACAAGUAUGCGCUACUUUCAGAACAUGUGUUCUUUUAUCUGCUAUUAUCCAUGUACUUACUAAGCUUGAGUAAGUGCUCCCUGCUUUGAACUUUCAGUAACUAAGAGAAGAGGUGCGGGGGCAUAGUGUGAAUUGGAGGACAUUUAUUAAAUUCAUUUUGGAUCAGAUUCCAAAUGCCUUUCUUACUCUAAAUGGGAAGUGCGUACUAGGGUAAAGAGUGGCUUAUUUCAUGCCUUCCUACAAAAGUUUCUAUUUCUAAAGCAGAAGAGUUAGUGGAUUAUGUUUGAGGAGAGUGGCCGUAGUGAGAUAUUGAAUAAGAAGUCUAUUUCUUUGUAAAUUCAGUUUUUGAAUAAAAGAGUUUUUUUCUUUUUUAA